GCCGAAGGCGGGGCUGGGAGGCGGGUUAAAGAGCGCGUUGCGGGCUGGGCCCUGCGUGCUUGAGAAGGUUCAAUGGCGUGGCAGGGACUAGCGGCCGAGUUCCUGCAGGUGCCGGCGGUGACGCGGGCUUACACCGCAGCCUGCGUCCUCACCACCGCCGCGGUGCAGCUGGAGCUUCUCAGCCCCUUUCAACUCUACUUCAACCCGCACCUUGUGUUCCGGAAGUUCCAGGUCUGGAGGCUCGUCACCAACUUCCUCUUCUUCGGGCCCCUGGGAUUCAGCUUCUUCUUCAACAUGCUCUUCGUGUUCCGCUACUGCCGCAUGCUGGAAGAGGGCUCCUUCCGCGGCCGCACGGCCGACUUCGUCUUCAUGUUUCUCUUCGGGGGCGUCCUUAUGACCCUGCUGGGACUCCUGGGCAGCCUGUUCUUCCUGGGCCAGGCCCUCAUGGCCAUGUUGGUGUACGUGUGGAGCCGCCGCAGCCCUCGGGUGAGGGUCAAUUUCUUCGGCCUGCUCACUUUCCAGGCACCGUUCUUGCCUUGGGCGCUCAUGGGCUUCUCGCUGCUGCUGGGCAACUCCAUCCUCGUGGACCUGCUGGGGAUUGCCGUGGGCCACAUCUACUACUUCCUGGAGGACGUCUUCCCCAACCAGCCUGGAGGCAAGAGGCUCCUGCUGACCCCUGGCUUCCUGCUGGUGACAGCCCAGCAGUGCCCACACAGGACUGGGCCCUCCGCAGGGGACUUCAGAGCAGCAAGGCCCCACCUGGCAGUAGCCUGACCAUCUGGACACAGUAGAGCCAGGGCGGCCCAGGGACAGCAGGAGAGCUCACGGCACCUUCCUGAGGCCAAGCAAGGGGAGCAGGGUUAGGGCUGUUCCUGAAAGGCAGAGAGCCUCUGCCCUGAGCCUCACAGCUACUCUUCUCAGCUCUCUGGGUCUGGAAGGAAAACAGGCUGAGGGGAGCUGAAAGGAGCUGAGGUGCUACCAGGAGCCCCGUUCACCCCCACCCACCCACCUGGGAAUCUGAGGCAGAGGAGGGUGAGGCCUGUGUGCCAACCUUGUUCACAUACCACCUUCAUCCCCCCAGGCCCCGGCCCCAGCCCCAAUCCUGGCUCUCAUUAUUUUUAUGCUAAAACUUUGAAGAAAUUGAACAUGACCUGUUGCCUUUUAUUUAAAAAC